CCUGACACCGCCGCUGGGGCCAGGCCGGGCGGGAGCGCAGGGGACCUGAGGGCGCCAGGGCCGGGACAUGGGGCCCGCGAGCCCCGCCGCUCGCAGUACGGGCCGCCGCUGGCGCCCGCCGCCGCUGCCACUGCUGCUGCUGCCACUCUUGCUGCUGCUGCCGCGCGCGCAAUUCGCCAUCGGGAGCUUCGCCGGUGGGAGCCCCGGCGCGGCCGAGGCUCCAGGGUCGGCCCAGGUGGCAGGACUAUGUGGGCUUCCAACCCUUCACCGGGACCUGCGCACCGGCCGCUGGGAACCAGACCCACAGCGCUCACAACGCUGUCUCCGGGACCCGCAGCGCGUGCUGGAGUACUGCAGACAGAUGUAUCCAGAGCUGCACAUUACACGUGUGGAGCAGGCCGCACCAGCAAUCCCCAUGGAACACUGGUGUGGGGGUGCCCGGAGUGGCCGCUGUGCCCACCUCCACCACCAGGUUGUGCCCUUCCGCUGCCUGCAACCAGGAAUCCAGGCUCCCAGUCUUAUCAGCCCCCAAGACCCAGGCAUCCAGGCUUCCAGUCUACACCCUCCUACUCCACAGUCCUGGCAUCUGGGCCCACUCUUCCCACAGGCCUGCAGCUCCCAGGGCCUCAUUCUGCAUGGCUCAGGCAUGCUUUUGCCCUGUGGGGAGGAUCGGUUCCGAGGUGUGGAAUAUGUAUGCUGUCCCCCUCCAGUGACCUCCAACCCAUCUGGGACAGCAGUUGGUGACCCGUCCACAAGGUCUUGGCCCCUGGGGGGCAGAGCAGAGGGGGGUGAAGAUGAGGAAGGGGAGGAAUCCUUCCUACAGCCAGUAGAUGAUUACUUUGUGGAGCCCCCCCAGGCUGAAGAGGAAGAGGAAGAAAGAGUCCCACUCCCAAGCUCCCAUACUUCUGCUGUGAUCAGCAAAGUCACUCCGACCCCGAGGCCCACGGACGGUGUAGAUGUUUACUUCGGCAUGCCUGGGGAAAUCAGUGAACAUGAGGGGUUCCUGAGGGCCAAGAUGGACCUGGAGGAGCGUAGGAUGCGCCAGAUUAAUGAGGUGAUGCGUGAAUGGGCCAUGGCAGACAACCAGUCCAAGAACCUGCCUAAAGCUGACAGACAGGCCCUGAAUGAGCACUUCCAGUCCAUUCUGCAGACCCUGGAGGAGCAGGUGUCUGGUGAGCGACAGCGCCUGGUGGAGACCCAUGCCACCCGAGUCAUCGCUCUUAUCAAUGACCAGCGCCGGGCUGCCCUGGAAGGCUUCCUGGCGGCACUGCAGGGGGAUCCGCCUCAGGCAGAGCGUGUCCUGGUGGCCCUGCGGCGCUACCUGCGGGCGGAGCAGAAGGAGCAAAGGCACACGCUGCGACACUACCAACACGUGGCCGCUGUGGAUCCUGAGAAGGCCCAGCAGAUGCGAUUCCAGGUGCUGACCCACCUUCAGGUGAUUGAGGAAAGAAUGAAUCAGAGCCUGGGGCUGCUUGACCAAAACCCCCACCUGGCUCAGGAGCUUCGGCCCCAGAUCCAAGAACUCCUCCAUUCUGAACACCUGGGUCCCAAUGAAUUGGAAGCCCCUGCACCUGGGGGCAGCAGUGAGAACAAGGGUGGGCUGCAGCCUCCAGAUUCCAAGGACGCAGAGACUCCUGUGACCCUUCCAAAAGGGUCCACAGAACAAGACGCUGCAUCCUUUGGGAAAGAGAAGACAUCCUCCCUGGAGCAGUAUGAGCUAAAGGUUAAUGCAUCUGUUCCAAGGGGGUUUCCUUUCCACUCCUCGGAGAUUCAGAGAGAUGAGCUGGCCCCUGUUGGGACAGGUGUGUCCCGCGAGGCUGUGUCGGGCCUGCUGAUCAUGGGAGCGGGCGGGGCCUCCCUCAUUGUGCUCGCCAUGCUGCUGCUGCGCAGGAAGAAGCCCUACGGGGCUAUCAGCCACGGGGUGGUGGAGGUGAGGGCUAUCAGCCACGGGGUGGUGGAGGUGGACCCCAUGCUGAGCCUGGAGGAGCAGCAGCUGCGAGAACUGCAGCGGCACGGCUAUGAGAACCCCACCUACCGCUUUCUGGAGGGCCGACCCUGAGCCCAGGCCUCCCUUCUUCCGGGUGCCCCCACAACCCCAAUUCCCAGCCCGGGGUAGGGGAAGGAGGUCUUGACAAGUUCAUUCUAAGGUCCCCUUUCCAAUUCCAAAUUCCAUCCCUAAGAAAUCCCGCAGGUUUUUCCCGCUGCUGCCUCACUUGGGACCUCUUCACCUUAUUUUAUAAGUUAAUUUAUUGCUCCUUAAGGUUAUCACCACACUGGUCCCAGUGUCUGUUGCUCCCUGAAAUUCACCCUCCCACUAACAUCCCAAUAAAGCCCUCUUCCCCACCAGGCCA